AUGUCUCCUCCAACCAAGCUAGGGUUCGUCCUUCUCGGGCUGUCCGGCGUCUUCCCAAGUGUUAACGCCCAACUGCAGGGCUUCAAUUAUGGAGCCACGUUUGAAGACGGCUCUUGCCGCCUAGGAUCGGACUACGCAGGAGCUUUCAGCAGUGCUCGUAACCUAGCAGGCACCAAUGGCGGCUUCAUAUCUGCACGCCUCUAUACGACUAUCCAGUGCGGAACAAGUAACGCACCAAUCUCGGCGAUCCAAGCAGCCAUAGAUACCGACACGUCGUUGCUGUUGGGUCUUUGGGCUAGUGGUGGUGAUGCAAUUUUCGAUAAUGAAAUUGCUGCAUUGUCGAGCGCGGUAGCUCAAUAUGGUUCGGGAUUUACAGAUCGAAUUAUCGGCAUCAGCGUUGGAUCGGAGGACCUCUACCGAUCAAGUCCACAGGGCAUAGCCAAUGAAGCAGGUGUGGGUGUUGAAUCUGCUACUAUUGUCCGGUACAUCCAGCGUGUGAGGCAGCUUGUCGAUCAGACACCGCUGUUGGCAGGAAAGCCGAUAGGUCAUGUGGAUACGUGGACUGCUUGGGUAUUGCCCGAGAAUGCGCCUGUUGCAUCUGCGGUCGACUGGCUGGGUCACAAUUCGUUCCCGUACUUUGAGGACACUCUUCCAAACUCAAUCCAUGAGGCUGAAAUUGUCUUCUUCAAUGCUCUUGGUGCCACUGAGGGAGUGAGCGGUGGAAAGGAGGUCUGGGUCACGGAAACAGGAUGGCCUCACUGUGAGCUUCCUCUGCACAUGGGAUGA